GGAUGGGGAAGAGGGCAGCCAGCUGUACCUUGUGAGCCAGCUGCAGCUAACCGAUAAGCUCUUCUAGAAGAGUUGUGCUAGGAGGAAGUAGCAGUAAUCAUAGUUCGUGGUUACAAGAUUAUGGGUCAUUGCCGGGAAGCUGGAAGGAUAAACACUGGAUCAGCAUCCUUGCUACUGAGAGAACACAACAAAGAAAAGAAGUCUUGAAAAUGGUCCAAGUUCAGAUUGCCACCAAGAUGUUCACUGAGCAAUGAGUGACUAUUUCCAGUCAUGCAGUGGCUUCCUUGUGUCAGUGUUAAGCUGUCCACAGUGAACUGUCCAAGCAGGAAAUGGCAGAAGGCAGCUUAGUUGUACCCUUCUGUCCUCCAACUAAAGCUUCAUGGCUGUGACCAAGUAUGGAGGAUUCCAAGGAUCCAUACUAUAGAUUUAAUGACGUGACGUACAGGUGGAUCUCGCUGGAUAACUGGACUUACAGCAGGACGUUCAAAACUCCUUUUGACUUCAGAAAGUGGCAGAAAGUGAAUUUGGUUUUUGAGGGAGUGGAUACAGUAGCACAGAUCCUGAUUAAUAAUGUCACUCUUGGGAGAACAGACAACAUGUUCAACAGAUACAGCUUUGAUAUUACCAGUGUGAUCAAGGAGGUCAAUUUUAUUGAAGUCUGUUUCUUAUCAGCCAUUUCCUAUGCAGCAGAGCAGAAUAGAUGUCACAAAGGAUACAGCAUCCCCCCGGCGUGUCCUCCACCUGUGCAGAAAGGAGAGUGCCACGGUAAUUUCAUCAGAAAGGAGCAGUGUUCAUUUAGUUGGGACUGGGGCCCUUCUUUUCCCACUCAAGGAAUCUGGAAAGAUGUUAGGAUUGAGGCUUAUAACCAAUAUCACCUGAUUUACUUUUCUUUGACUUCUCUCUUUGUAAAGAGUACUCAGAAGUGGCGUCUUGAAAUCGAGGCUAUUUUUGAUGUAGUCAGCUCCAAGCCAAUUGUGGGUCUUGUAAUUGUGAACAUUCCCGAAUUGCAAACACAGCAAACAUUCAAUGUGACGCUUCAACCUGGAGAAGGCAGCAUUGUGCUGCUUGUAAACAUCAACAAGAGUUUUGCAGUGGAGGCUUGGUGGCCAAAUGGACAUGGGAAGCAAACUGGAUACAACAUGACAACAACUUUCAUCAUGGAGGCAGGAUACCAGAUUGAGAAAUUUUCAAAGGCCUAUUUUCGAACAGUAGAACUUGUUCAGGAGCCUAUUCAUGGCUCACCAGGUCUGAGUUUCUACUUCAGAAUCAAUGACCGACCCAUUUUCAUUAAGGGCUCGAACUGGAUUCCAGCAGAUUCUUUCCAGGACAGAGUGACCUAUGACACAUUACGACUACUCUUGAAGUCUGCAGCAGAUGCUAACAUGAAUGCACUUCGAGUAUGGGGAGGAGGUGUAUAUGAACAAGAUGAAUUUUACAAUAUUUGUGAUGAAAUAGGAAUAAUGAUUUGGCAGGAUUUUAUGUUUGCAUGUGCACUAUAUCCAACUGACCAGAAUUAUUUAGAAUCUGUAGGAGCAGAAGUUACUCAUCAGGUAAGGCGUUUAAAAUCCCAUCCAUCAAUUAUUCUGUGGAGUGGUAACAAUGAAAAUGAAGCAGCAAUUGCAAACAACUGGUUCUCCAUACCUUAUGCUGACAGAGAAGUCUAUAUCAAAGAUUACGUUAUGCUUUAUGUGAAGAACAUCCGAGAAAUAGUUCUUGCUGAAGAUGAGAGUCGUCCUUUUGUUGCAUCCAGUCCCACCAAUGGCAUAGAGUCAGUUAAAGAAGGUUGGGUCUCUCAGAAUCCUUAUGAUACACAUUAUGGUGACACUCACUUUUAUGACUACAGCAUUGACUGCUGGAACUGGGCAGCAUAUCCUAAAACUCGUUUUGCUUCAGAAUAUGGAUUUCAAUCAUGGCCUUCCUUCAGUACAAUCAAAAAGGUUUCCUCUGCUGAGGACUGGUCUUAUACAAGCAAUUUUUCUCUCCAUCGACAACACCAUGAAAAUGGCAAUGAUCAGAUGCUUCAACAGAUUGGGUAUCAUUUCAAGCUUCCCCAGAGCACAGAUCCCAUAAAGAGGUUCAAAGAUACAAUUUACCUCACUCAGGUGAUGCAGGCUCAGUGUGUAAAGACAGAGACUGAAUUCUAUCGUUUUAGUCAAAGUGAAAUAAUCAAGGGAGAAGGACACACAAUGGGAGCUCUGUACUGGCAACUCAAUGACAUUUGGCAGGCACCUUCAUGGGCUUCUUUGGAGUAUGGUGGUAAGUGGAAACUGCUCCAUUAUUUUGCCCAGAACUUCUUUGCACCACUGCUGCCUGUGGCCUACGAAGACAAAGGUGUGUUGUACAUUUAUGGUGUCUCAGAUCUUCAUGUGGACCACAAGCUUACUUUGAGGGUCACUGUGUACACCUGGAGUUCUUUGGAGCCAGUAUGCAUCCUUUCCAAAGGCGGUGUGACUGUUAAAGCACAAAGUGCUGUCCCCAUCUACAAGGAGUCCAUAAAUGACUUUCUGGAAAGAUGCCAAAAUUGUACUAGGAAAAGCUGCAUUAUUACUUUCUGUCUUACGGGAGAAGGUGGGCUCCAGAGUCCUACGAACCAUCACUUCCUUUCAUCACUAAAGGAUGCUGUAGGAUUGGAAAAGACUCAACUUAGUGUCUCUGUUUCCCAACAAGAUGACAUUUAUAUAUUUGAUCUUCAUACCACUGCAAUUGCUCCUUUUGUUUCUCUGGAUGUAGGGAGUAUAAAAGGCAGAUUUAGUGAGAAUGGUUUCCUCAUGACUGAAAAGAAGAAAGUCGUUCUGUUUUAUCCUUGGGAACCUACGAGCAUUGAAGAACUGGAGGAGUCACUAACCUUGACCUCUCUGAUGGACAUUGUCUGAGAAUACUUCAUUUCCCUCUAGGCAAGGGGUGAAACAGGAGCAGGAGAAAAACCUUGAAGAAUUUGAAUGAAGUUGAAGAUGUACAAUUUGAACUGAUUGCAGAAAAUUAUGUCUAUUCCUGUAAUGUGUGAAUUUUAUCUGCUGCUUCAAUGUAAAGAUAGCAACAGCAAAGCUUGCAUAUAAUGUAUGUGGUGUAUUGAAAGUAAGGCUUCCUCAGGUAAUGGAACAAAUAUAUCCCAUGUAGAAAAUGGGAGGACGUGAGUCGGUGGAAAGAUCUGGUCCAAAUUCUCCAGUCCCCAUGAGACUGGAGUUGUGAAUUCAUCCUAAGAGGCAGCACAAAUAUGCACCUCUAGACUAUGGCUUUAAAAAUCUUUUUUUUCUUUUCAGUUUCACUAUGCUGUAAGUGAAACAGCAAGGUAUGCUGGUGGCAAGGGGAAGGGCAGGGGGUAAAGCUGGGUAAAGCUGCCCCCACAGGCAUGCCCCACUUGGAGUUGUUUAUUUAUCUACACUCAAACCAGGAAAGCUCUAGUCCUACCCUUUCAGAUCUGUGGCUGUCACUUGAUCAGGUGUCUUGCCUGCCUCCUUGCAAGGUAGGCUUCCAAGUAAACAUGAAACCAGGGCUGUCUAGUUAGACAUCGAGCAGAUCUUGUUCCCCCUUCUGAAAGGGGAACAGAGUCUGAGGCUUGUAUUCUUCUCUCUUUUCAUGCAACGUGAGCAGUAACCUUAAGAGCUCUAUGUCUAACUUUGACUAUUCCCAGAGAGUGGCAAGUGCAGUCACAAACCUUUUGAUGCUGUGUGGAUUCUGCAUAAUGUGGCAUAGUACAAGAUAUGCCUGGCUGUGGGGAAAGGAACAGGGGGAAGAGUAGACCAAAGAUGGAAAGAAGAAGGGGACAGUACAGGUAAGAAAUGGUCAUCUGAGAGGACCACAGUGUUGCAAGUGACUGCUUUUUCUCUAGUAGAUGUAUAGUGCAGGGGCUGCUGUUUCAGCUUGGGCAUUGGCUGCACAGCCAUUCUGUUACCUCCUAGCAUUCCACAUGAAUGGCCCUGUGAUCCACACUGAUCCUUCUCUCUUUCUAACAAAGGAAAAACCUCAACACCUUAUUUUUACUUCUUUCUGUGUGGGAUCCCCAUAGAGGACACUGUUGACUUAUGGUUAGAUCUGGUGCCACAGUCAAUCUGAAGUAAUGGUGCUUCAGCUCUAGUCUGUUUCUGAGUAAGUUGUUUUUAAAAUGUUAAAAUGUUCUAGGGUUUCUACAGAAAUGCUGUCUCACUUUGGCCUUUGAUACAAAGAAAAUAAGCUUGUUUCAGCAUCAGGGGCUGCUAUAGCCUGUGGAGCUGGGAGCCUGAGGGUUUUGCUGUCAGGGAAUUGAGGCCACUGAGCUGUGCCUUGGGCAGGUUGCUAAACACUGGGCUUGUCUGUCAGCAGUGGUUUGAAAUGCAGCUGGGAUCUUGCUAGGAUUCUGCAAGGAUCGUCUCACAGCCCUAUCAAGUAUUAAUUUUCUUGAAAAGCACCUAGCAGAAUCAGCACUUUACAAUGAAAGGUGUUUGAACAAGCUCUACUGGUGAUGACCAUCUUUGUUCUAAAAGCACCACAUGGGUGAUGCUUGCUGCGAUCUGAGCACGCGUGGGGAGAGCAGCUGCAUCUUUCAUUGGUCAGUUAGAGAGCUUGGAACUGGGGGGUGUUUUCUUGCAGUGAUCAGUUUUAAUGGGCAAAGAAAGAGAUGAGCAUAUUGACUGGUGCUUGGUCAUCUCUGGUACUUUUUUAAUUGGGUGUUAACCAAAACUGGUGUACUCCUGAGCAAGACAAAAAACUUGAAGGUGAAAAGGGAAUGAUAAAUGGAAGUUGGUUACAAAUUCUUUGUCAGAGCACCGAAACAACUAACUGCAGUUGCAUAGGAGGGCUUCUCUGAUGAAAACCUUGCCCUAGUUGAAAGAAAACAUGAAAAAAAUCAAAAUACAUGCAUGUGCCAAUGUUUAUAGUUUAUGUAAAAUAAAUGGGGAAAAUGAUAGUCAUGAAUAAAACAUAACUGUUAGAAAAUGCAGACACUGAUAAAGGAAUUUAAAAGAUACCUGAGAGGCAUCCUGGGCCAACAACACAAGAAAAAUCCUUCAGUUUUUUCAGUGUCCUGGGAUCAAAGGGGAAUCAAAGCAACGACAGACAAUAUACAGUAAGAAUGAAAAAACUGUGGAGAAAACAUGGAAUAAAUAUGAUUAAUAAAUAUUGCUGCAGUGUAUCAGGAAAAGGGCAGGUUGGUUGAUGUCUUUCUCUUACACUGAUGUAGAAAUUUCUUCCAGCAGCAUUCAGGUAGAAUUUCAAAAUGGCACUUAACAGUGUUAAAUAAAUAAAACUUUAACAGA